CGGCUCGACAGCUCCCUAGCGCGUGUGAGAAUCGUAUCGUUAUCCUCAUCGCGUUUCGUCCUUUCUAGCGGCUGCUGCUCCCAUAAAGUGUCAUCGAAUUCGGGAGAAUACCUAUUUUCACUAUUCUCUUGGGCUGGUGCUGCCGAGAACAGACCGAGUGAAGAACACAGAAAGAACAUCCUUCGACGGUCAGUCAGUCAUCUUUCGGAAACGGGACUCGCGUGAGCUUCUUGGCGUUUGCGUUUGGUCGUGCGGUCGUGAAUUCCUGUGGACGGAUAGUCUGCUGUUCCUCCAUAAGAUACAUAACAAUAUUGUCCGGUAAAGUGGUUUCGUUGUGUGCGUGUUGUGCCAGAAAUAAAAACCACACCGAUACCAAGUGGUCGGUGUUUUCCAGAGGUGUUACGGCGCUGACGAAUUCCAAUGUGAUUUUUAUGUUGUCCGGCUGCUGCGAAGAGGAUUUUCAGUGAAAUCGUGUUGAAUGAGAUUCAAGUCAAAGUGAUAAAAAGUUCGAACGUUGUGAUUUGUUUAGGUGUUUAAAAGCGAGCGCGUUUACUGUUUGGUGUGAUAGUUGGACAUUGAUGUUUCAGUGAAGGUAGUUUUUGGGGGUAGAACGCGGAUUUCAUUCAGUGUGGUUUCGAUUUGUGCGGCUGGGAGAAAUUGUUCUAAUAAGAAUUCAAGGAGAAAGCUGUGUGCUUUUUGAAAGUAAGGAGAGAAAGCGAAAGGGAAUAGUGUAGUGUUUUUCCACGUUUUUGUGUAAACCCGUUGCGUAUUAGCCGUUUAAAGGAAAAAUAAGUGCUAGUCCGUGUGUUGUGUUCUUUUCCGGCUAAACAGGUGCUUUAUAGUCCUACUAUUUGAAGUGUUGUGUGUUCUCGUUGGUAUUCAGUACACCCGUACGAGAGCUACGAAAAUGGCGCCGGGUGUCUGUAUUCGCAAGUGUCAAAUGUUGCUGAAGCUCGACCUGUCCCGUUGUGGAUUAAAAACACUCGCUGCCAGCUUUCAUCAGCUACGGCGCCAGCAGCAGUGGCAGCAACAACAUUACCAGCAGCAGACUGCGUUUCGGAUCGUAGUAGCCACGGAUCCCUAUUACCGAAUAGCUAAAGGAUAUUGCAGUGGCAGCACAGCGGGCGAACAGACUUCCAGCAGUAAUAGUAGUGAAGACGUGACCGUCAAGUACGUGAGAGGCCUGCCGCACAUCACCGUUCCACUGCCAAGCCGAAACGAGCGAUGCCAGUUCACGUUACGACCCGUGACGCACAGUGUCGGCAAUUUCCUAGAAAUGCUGAAGCUCGAGGACCGUGGAGUGGACCGGGCGGCGGUACUCAAUCGGGACGGGGUCCGGAUAGCGGCCUCCUGUUCGAUCGAGUCGCUGAUGGACGACGAGUUUUGGUUGCACAUAAACGACCGACAGUACUACGUGAAACCACCGAAACGAGAAAAAAUUACCUCAGAAGAACUCACUAGACUAGGCGAUGUGCAGGCGUUGGUUGCACAGCUCUACGAAGCCCUCAACGUAAGCGAGCACCAAAUUAAGAAAGAACGAGAUCUAACCAGUAAGCUAGAGGAGCUGAACGAAAAACUAGGACCACUUGAAGUUAAAAAGCAGGAGCUUGACCAGAAAGCGGCACGACGAACAAGUGCCCUGACUUGGAUAGGCCUAGGGCUGAUGUCGGUGCAGUUUGGUGUCCUAGCACGAUUAACCUGGUGGGAGUACUCUUGGGAUAUCAUGGAACCGGUGACGUAUUUUGUCACCUACGGCACUGCCAUGGCUGCCUACGCUUACUUUGUGCUGACCAAGCAGGAAUACAUCCUGCCGGACGUAAAAGACCGCCAACAUCUGAUCACGCUACACAAGGCGGCUAAGAAGGCCGGUGUCAACAUAGCCGAGUACAACGACACCAAGCGAAAGAUUGCCGAAAUCGAACACGAUCUGCGCCGACUGCGGGAUCCAUUGUACAUGCAUCUACCGGCGCCGCCACCGAAAUCGUUGACCUACAGUGCCACCGAAAUUGCUACGUCCAAGAAGAUGCUGACGGAGGCCCUGGAGAAAGCCAAAGGAACCGUCAACAAACAGGCGGUGGCAAAGAUAAGCUCCCUGCUCGAGAGCACCGGGAAUCCUUUCCGGAGUAAGAAAUAAGAGUUCCUGAACCGUGGCCGGCCUUCGCUCGUCCGAUCGCCCAUCGUCGUUGAGAUUGCCUACCAUUCGUUUGUGUGUUAGUGUUUCGGUUUUUCCCCCGUUUCUCAAAAGUUUUCUAUACGUUCCCGUUGAAUUGUUAAAUUUUAAACCUUUUCUAUCCAAUCUCUUCCUUAAAGCAAAAGAUAAUAGUUGAUAGUCCAUAAACGACGAAACAGAAGCACUAAACACAACGGAAAAGUGAUGAAUCGUUGUUACAUUAAAGCAGGAUAGAUAAAUGCGCAGACAAAACACACAGAUUAACAUCACAAUCAUCAUUCUAACCAUUAAGAGGGUGUAACUUCAAUAAGUCUUUAUGAAAACAGAAGCAUUAAAAGCAACAGCACAAGACAUUGUAACGAAUAAGCACAACCCACUUGCUGAUAGGAUAAAGUGAAAACCAAAACUAUUGUUUUUUUUUUCUAUGUAGGAUACUAACAAGAGUACGUAACGAAGCGCAUUUUCAGAAAGAAAUUUUUAGAAAUGAUAAUCAUUAACUAGUUUAGUUAGCUUGUUUAUCAUAAUUGCCUGCUUGAAUCGAAAGCAAAAGGGAUGUGUUUUCUAAGUGUUUCUCGUUUUGUUUCUCGAAUUUGUUGAGGUAGGUUAGGUUUUAAACAUGUUGAAAAAAUUGCAAUUUGUUCGUUUGUAGUGUACCGAUAUCUGUGGGUCGUUGAUUUGAAAGUGCUUCCACACCUCUGAUUGUGUUUAAAUACCUAGUAAUACAGUUUUAAUUUCGAAAACGUGGUAAACCGCAAACCACAAUACAUACUAUGAACGGGCGCGCUCAAAUUGCUAAGCGUUUGCUCUCGAAUAAAGCGUUUGCUGUGUGGCCGUGAAGCUUUUCUACUGUUUAUAUCGAUGGUUUGAGUCUAAACUGUGGAUCGAAAGCUUUCGUGAUAGCAUCAAGCGGAACUGUAGCAAGCUGAGCUUAUUCUUUUACGGGUUAUGCUAGGGUGGCUGUUUUUUCACAAAUUUUAUUGCUUGCCCGAAUUUUAUAGACUAUUGGCGAAUAAAUUCAGGGCUGAGUGGAAGAAAGGGUGAUCUACCGAGAAGCUGGUUUCUAGUUAUAUUGAAAACACAAAAAUGAAUUGCUCCUGUUUUUUUUUUCAGAAAAUGUAUUUUGAACAAGCCAACAGUUACUCUCCAAAAUCAAUCGGUUGAUCUGUCAUUUCUGUUAGCGUGUGAUGUACUGGUUCGGCCAUGAUACUAUACGGUUUUAACUCGAGGGUUUACACUAGAAUCCCAUACGAUAUUUUUCAAAAAAAAAAAAUGAUAUUCUCAAUAAUAAAAUGCGCUCGAAAUUUAGCAUUUUUUUUCCUACAGCGCUAGAACUGCGACUGAUGUAGCCAGUAAUUAAGGCUGGAUACGAGGCUAUUUCGGAUUCUCAUUACACAUAUUUGAUAACAUUAAUGUUUGACCAUAGAAUCAGCGCAGAAACCUGGACCGAAUCCCCAACUCAGGCCGUCUAUAAUGACUACGUUCUCCAGGGCAUUAGUUACUUAGACAAUGACCAUCUACGAUUACAAUGUCUUUAUAUUAUCUUAGUUUAAUUUCGUUAACUAAAACGAAUUAUGAAUCUCGUUCUACUGCUAUGCUAUUCGUAACCUGGUAUGGGACUCUAGGACGUUUCUCAACAAUCUGUGGUUUCUCUUCGUUCGAUUCCCUUUUCCAUUUUUAUUUUUAUUUUACUGGAGUAUCCUGCCCCGUUUUGAUGGCAAACCUUGCGACCAUACACUGAAGUCGCCUUAACACUCCUAGCAUCAAGCUCAAGAUUACGCGUACCCUCAAGUCUUAGUUUUUCGGAACUGUAAAUUGCUAUAUCUCCACUAUUCUCCAUCAGACUGAACGUUUUAACAACCAUGGAUAACCCCGAGUUUGUUGAUAUGUUUAGAUGCCACAAAGCUAAAAAAUCGGUUAGUAUUACUGAAUUACAAAUAAAUUUUCCUGUUAUAUGAGCACUGCUCGAAAUAUGCAAUUCAACCCAACGCAUUGCAUACAUACAGGACCCUAUGUAAUUUGUAAUUUAUUAAUCGAACGAGAGCCUUGUGGGUAAAAAAACAUCUUACUGGAAAAUUAAAUUGUUAUAUAGUAAUAUUAACCGAUUUUCAAACUUGUGGCAUUUAAACACAUUUACAAACUUUCUGUGGGUGUUACAGUUUUUAAACUCUGUUUAGAAAAUAGUGGAGAUGUGGUAACUUAAAGUUAGUGUUCAGACUAAUUUUAUGGCUUAGGACUGCGCGUAACUUUUUUGGGUUUGGUGCUAGGAGUGUCGAAGUGUGGUUUUGAAAAAAAAGUUUUAACGUAAAUGUCUUAUCUGUACUUGAACUGUUGGUAGCUUCCUAUAUACAAGUCAUUUGACGUUUGAACAAAAGUAAAAGGUUGCCAAAAUAAAAGAUAUUUCUAGCAAAAUUAUUUAAGACGUUCUAUCUGCGAAUGAGACCUCUAUUUGUUUACUUUCUCUUUGGACUAUUACGCUUAACCAUUUAACAGGCGUGUUGAUCGGUUCUAAGAUUUUCUUAGUUGGUAUGCUUGGAGGUAUCGAACCGACCUAAUCUCCCCGGAGUAGACGAACAAUCAGAAUGUAUAGUGGAGACAAUACUCUGCUCAUUUCUUUAACCACUGACUAUUUUAACUUUAAAGUUCACCGCUUUAAUAAAACCCAUCCCUUCAAAAUCUAAAGAAAGCAAGUUAACAUAGUCUGUUAGUUUGCAAUAGUAUCGUUUGUGUGAAGUGAUCUGUUUUCAUUUAUAUGUUUUAUAAUUAAGUAUAGUUAGAAAAACUACUAAUACGUAUAUGUAUUUAUAGCUUUCGUUACCGUAUAAUUUCAAUAUUAUGUUCAUAGUUUCGUCAAUAAAUUCGUUUUUUAAUGAUCUUGUUGUUCGUUUUUUUUUGUAUUCGUUGUUAUUUAAUUCCUAGUUUUUUAGCACGUAAAAAGAUGAUAUAAAUUAUAGCAUUGGAACUAGCGCACUGCUGUAAACCUUAGGCACUAUUUUAGUAGGUCACUUUCCCGUCUCGCCUGGUACCGUAGCGUGAUUUAGAAAGGAUCCCUUCGUAAUUUGCAGAUUUAUGUCUUCAGUUGAACCACUCCGAAAGAUAUUAACUAACACAGAUAACAGACGUUUACUGCCAUUUUGUACAUAAUUGGGUCAUUAAAAACAGUAUAAUAUUCAUCUUUUGUAAUAUACAUCGAAAGAGCUCCACUUUUUAAAUGUGGUUUUUGUCCAACCCAUAAAACAUCAGACCGAUUUUUAAUUGAUUUUCUAAGAAAUUAUAAACACGUCCUUGUUUGACACUGUCGGUCUACCUUAACAAUGGUUUUAGACACAUGGGUUAGCAUGUCAGUUAACCCAGCAAAAGGAUAGGGGUCAAGGUGGUUAAAUGAAAUGGGAGUGGAAAAAUCGAUAGGGGAUUGGAUUCUUGCAAUGCUCAAGAGUCGAAAGAACACAGCCACGUCAGGAGAUACGAAAGCAACUAUUAUAUUCAAUAGAGGUUGUCUCCAGGGAGGUGUGCUCUGGUCACUAGUGGUGGACAAUCUUCUCAAUGAUCUGACUGAAAUGUGUUUCGAGAGGGACUCAACGUGAACCCUGCAAAAACGGUCAUUGUACCGUUUUCCAAUAGGAAAGGUUGAUUCCCCCCAACGAGAUCGCGAAGCGAUGGAACAACUGCACCGCGUAAACGACACACGGAAGUUCUACGAGAAGCUGAACAGUUUGCGCAAAGGCUACACGUACCGCAAGCCGAUAUGUGCAGGGACUUAGACGGCAAUCUUCUAACGAACGAGUGUGAGGUGAUUGAGAGGUGGAAGCAGCGCUAUGACGAGCACCUGAACGGUGAAGCAGCAGAGGACGAAGGCGGCAUGGCAACGGAGCUAGGAGCACGCGCAGAAAACGAUAGGCUGCCGGCUCCUGAUCUCCAAGAAGUCAAGAGGAGAUCGGUCGGCUGAAAAACAACAAAGGUGCCGGUGUAGAUCAACUACCCAGUGAGCUAUUAAAAUACGGUGGUGAAACACUGGCUAGAGCGCUGCACUGGUAAUCGCCAAAAUUUGUGAGGAGGAGAUUCUUCCGGAGGAGUGGAUGGAGGGUGUCGUUUGCCCAAUAUACAAAGAGUGACAAGUUGGAUUGCUGCAACUACCGCGCGAUCACACUACUUAGCGCCGCCUACACGGUCUCCUCCCAAAUUCUUUGCCGUCGAUUGUCACCAUUUGCAAGGGAGUUCGUGGGGCACCACCGAGCGGGAUUCAUGGGUUCCCACGCUACCACGGACAAAAUAUUCGCGAUUUGGCAGGUUAUGAAGAAGUGCCGCGAAUACAACGUGCCCACACAUCAUUUGUUCAUCGAUUUCAAAUCGGCAUAUGACACAAUCGAUCGAGAUCAGCUAUGGCAGAUAAUGCACGAGUACGGUUUUCCGGAUAAGCUAACACGAUUAAUCAAAGCGACGAUGGAUCGGGUGAUGUGCGUUGUUCGAGUAUCAGGGACACUCUGGAGUCCCUUUGAAUCUCGAAGAGGAUUACGGCAAGGUGAUGGUCUAUCGUGCCUGCUGUUCAACGUUGCCUUAGAAAGUGUAAUAAGGAGACACGAGUGGCACGAUCUUCAGGAAGUCCGUCCAGCUUCUUGGCUUCGCCGACGACAUUGACAUAAUGACUUUGAGGCGAUAUCGGAAACGUACAUCAGAUUGAAAGCUGAAGAUAGCAGGAUUGGACUUGUCAUCAACGUUUCGAAGACAAAUUACAUGAGAGGAAGAGGUUCUAGAGACUACAAUGUGAGCCUCCCAUCCCGAGAUCGGAUUGACGGUGACGAAACCGAGGUGGGCUCACUGGUAACCGCCGACAAUGAUACCAGCAGAGAAAUUCAAAGACGGAUCUUGGCGGGAAAUCGUGUCUACUUUGGACUCCGGAGGACGCUCCGGUCGAACAAAAUUCCCCACCGCACGAAGUUGAUUAUCUACAAGACGCUGAUUAGACCGGCGGUCCUCUACGGCCACGAGACCUGGACUAUGCUCGUGAAGGACCAACGCGCCCUUGGAGUUUUCGAACGAAAGGUGUUGCGUACCAUCUAUGGUGGCGUGCAGAUGGAAGACGGAACAUGGCGCAGGCGAAUGAACCAUGAGUUGCAUCAGCUGCUGGAAGAACCAUCAGGAAUCAGAAUAUAUUGGCUCAAAUGGCACGUUCCCCGUACAUAGUCUGGGAUUUGUUCCUUGCCGCGUGUUUUCAUCAUUUCCUGAGUGGAAGGAAAGGACAAGGAGGUGUGGGGAAGUAGAAUUGGAAGGGUGGGAAAAAUAACAGCACAAAACAAAAAUAAACAACAGGUAAGUUUAACUCACAAGUAGUUCAACUUGCCUGCGAAUAAACCUAAAGCUCUUUACCACAUUGGAUAAGAAACUUUAGUAUGUCUCUGUGUUUCAGUCGUCCAAACAUGGUUUCGUCUAUAUAAGGACGGCUGAAGACUCGAAAUCGCAAUUGCGCUACCGCUGGACAGUUGCAUAUCAGAUGAUAUGAGGUUCCGUAGUCGGAUUCACAAAGAUCGGAUGAAAAAGACUCAGCGCGCUGAAUAGUUGCCAUGUGAUAAUUGAGUUUGCAGUGGCCGGUUAAAGCCCUGGUCAGCAUGCCGUUGUGGAGCUUCGAAAAAUGUAAGAGAUUUUUCGAAACCACUGGGCAUGGUUGUUCUAGAAACGCCUUUGUUUGGCGACACGUUUGUAGAUUUCUCCAAUAAUUGCGGUGCUCGGACGAAGCCCAGGACCGUAUUUUUUCCCUUAUCCAACUUGUUGAAAUUGGCAGCGCGGGCUCAAGACCAACGAAGUCAAUCGCUGAACCUGCCCUGGCCAAUUUGUCAGCCCAUUCAUUUCCAGUAAUACCGCAAUGUUUGGGCACCCAAACAAGGUAAAUAAUGUUGACAAUGCUUAGUUCUUCGAUUUGGAUUCGGCACGCGAUCACUAGUUUGGACCGGGAUUUGUCUGAGCUAAGGGCCUUGAUUGCAGCCUGACUAUCGGAGCAGAAGUUUAUAACUCUGCCGGACAAACUCAGUUGAAGGGCCGAUUGCACCCCGCACAUAAUCGCAAAGAUUUCUGCUUGGAAUACAGUACAGUAUCUACCUAGUGAGUGAGAUUGUUCCCAUCUCAUUUCACGACAGUAGACACCAGCACCAGCACGUCCCUCCAUCAGAUAACCGUCAGUGUAACAGACCACUUGCGUUUGUUGUUGUCUUUCCAUAAAGCCAGACAACCACUCCUCUCGUGAGGGAAUCUUCACAUGGAAUGUCCUGUAAGGAAAACUACAAGUGAGUGUAAUAUCGCUGGGAGCAAGAAUAUCUUCACCCCAUAUAACCAUUUGUGACCACAAUCGUGUAUGACUGGUAGCAAGAUCAACAUGAUUACUGUUCCAAAGCCCAGUAAUCUGCAGUCUGUAUGCACAUGAUAGUGCUUCUUGUUUUAAGUGUAUGUGUAAUGGUAUGAUAUUUAGAAGUGCCUCAAGAGCAGCAGUCGGAGUCGUGGUGAAAGCACCAGUCAACGCCAUGAGCGCCAAUCUUGGCAGAUGGUUUAGCUUUGACUGGACUGUCACCACCUCUCCCCUCUGCCACCACACAAGGCAUCCGUAUGACAGUAUUGGACGUACAAUUCUCGUGUAAAUCCAAUAGAUGUAUUUAGGUUUGAGACCCCAGGUCUUUCCAAAAGUUCGUCUGCACUGCCCGAAGGCCAUGCACGCUUUCUUGACUCUGAACUCAAUGUGAGCAGACUAAUUCAGUUUGGAAUCCAAUAUGACUCCAACGUAUUUGACCGCGCGUCGCUUCAAGAAUAGACUGGAAGGACACAUUGUAAAAAGCACCCUCAAUAUCUAGGAAUACACCCAAGCUAGAUUGCUUGAGCGAGAAGGCUUUCUCAAUGUUGUAAACAACAUCGUGAAGCAGAGUUAUCGUGGAUUUCCCACCCUGAUAUGCAUGUUGCAUUUUGUGCCGUGGAUAUUCAACUAAACUAACGUUUCUGGCAGGGUUGUUAAUCGAUAAUUAAUCGUCAUCGUCGAUAACGUUAACCACCCGUCAACGUCAUCGGAAACUCCGUUAACGAUAAUGUAUCGUCGGAUUCAUCGUCAUCGUCGAUAAUUCAUCGGUGGUUAUCGCGAUACAUUUUGCGCUACUUUCCCGUUUAUUGGAGUUGAAGUUGAUGCGGUUAACUUUCAAUUGUUUAGAAAUAAAUAACUAUUGAAGGACAUGUUGUUGGCAGUUGAAAAUCAAUAGUUUUGGACAUUUUCUAUGCACGAAGGGGGGGGGGGUCCAACGAUGUGUCAAAAUGGUAUUUUUGGUCAACUUUUCGGGAGUGUUUUAUAUUGAAGGGAAAGUUAUUGGCAGUUGACAAUCAAUAGUUUUGGACAUUUUCAAUACACGGGGGUUCGACGAUGUGUCAGAAUGGAUUUUGUUAAACUUUUGGGGAAAGUUUACUAUAAUGAAGAAGCUAUUGGUAAGUAAAAAUCAAUAGUUUUAGGCAUUUUCAAUGUGCACAGUGUUUCCAUAGUGGCAAAAAGGUGAAAUUCUUUGCACCACGAAAAAACAUUUUUUAGCUAUAGUGUCUUUAGCAAAGUUUAGUUAUAUUUUUUGCAUUUAAAAAGUAUUAUUUGGGUGAUUAAUCCCUCUAAAGCUGAAAAGCAAGUCUUUGUUUGGUCAUUUAUGAAAAUAAAAAAACUUUAUUUGGCAAAGUUGUUGAGAAUAUUUUAAGUAUUAACUUCGCUGAAGAGACUAUGAGUCUAUUUGUCGAUUUUAAUAUACAUUUGUGGAGAUUUCUUUAAUAUACCCAUGAAAAUUGCUUUUUUUUUUUCAAAAUACCUUUCCUGGUAAUUUUGUAGAAUUUCAAAAUGUUCCAAGAUUUUGUUCUGCAUAAGAAAAUACAGAAUUUUUGUAAUGUAAGUUUAUUUGUAUCUCUUCCAAUAUAGAAGUUAUCGAACGUUUUAGUGUCCAAAAAGCAAUAUUUUUGUAUGGAAGCCGCAAAUUUCCGCAUACGAAGCUAUCCCAAUACGAGACUGUAAAACAAACACCUUCAAAACCGUUUGGUGGGCUCUAGCCUACGUUCAAGUCAAAUUCGAGUAAACUCCUUCUUUAGCAUAUUUUUCUUAUAUUAGAGAUGUAAAAUGUACAAAAAUAAAAAUACUGCACUGUAAGACCUCCUUAAGGGAAAUUUUUACUAAAUGAUCAGAACGGGUUGUGAGGCUUUGUCGAGGGACUAAAGAAGAAUAUUUUAACCCUGCGGUUUAUUAAAAAGAAAGAAAAAAUAUGUUCGACUUUGUCUCUUCAUAACCAGAAAAAAUAUGUGCCGAUUUUGUCAAUGUUAUCGUUAUCAGCCUAAAAUUCACCAAGGGGCUGAUAAAAACUGGUCUACACUGUAUUCAAAAAACGAUUAAAACUCUAUUAUGAUGCCGUUUAUAAAUUACACUACAUAUUUAAGGGUAAAAGAAGGAAGCAUGAAGCAUCUUGUUACAUAGUGGAGAGAAGAAACGGAGGAGGGGGCUAAAAGUCUUCCAACUAGAAAAGGAAAUCAAACAUUGGAAAUAUGUAUAUUGUCCUUUUUAAAAUCUAAAAUCUUCUAGUUUAAAUUAAAAUUAUAAUCAAAUCUGUUUAUCACCACACUACUUAAAUGUGUAACUUGUGAAUGGCCUAAUAAUAGUGGUUUAGUAGUUUUUUCAAUAUAUGUUUUUGCGUGCUAAAAAUUACUAAUUACACAAUAGCUUAAAAUUUGUUUUCUUCGUGGUCAAAACAAUUUUGAUCACCUUUUUGCCACUUGGAACCACUGUGCACCUGGGACUCUUCUGUGCACCAACUUACUCGAAAAGUUGAAAAAAAUCCAUUUUGACACAUUGUUGGACCCUUCUACGUGUUGAAAAUGUCCAAAAUUAUUGAUUUUCAACUACCAAAAACUUUUCCUUCAAUAUAAUACACUUUCCCGGAAAGUUGAAAAAAUUUCAUUUUGACGCAUCGUCGGAUCCCACUGUGCAUAGAAAAUGUCCAAAACUAUUGAUUUUCAACUGCCAACAACAUGUCCUUCAAUAACUAUUUAUUUCUCAACAAUUGACAGUUAACCGCAUCAACUUCAACUCCAAUAAACGGGAAAGUAACGCAAAAUGUAUCGCGAUAACCACCGAUGAAUUAUCGACGAUGACGAUGAAUCCGACGAUACAAUUAUCGACGAUGACGAUGAAGGCAACGAUACUUUAUCGUUAACGGAGUUUCCGAUGACGAUACAUUAUCGUUAACGAGUAACGCCGAUAAAUUAUCGUGAAAAAUGUAUCGUAUUAACAACCCUGGUUCCUGAUGUGAUGAUCGAUUAUCCGUUCCAAAAUUUUCAGAAAAAAAGAACUUAAGCUGAUAGGCCUACAACUCUUGGCUUCUUCAUAGCUUGAGCACAGACUAACAGACAUAACACUAUGAGGGAAUUCCCUCAAAAAACAUCGAUCCGACAAUUUUCCCAGAACACUAGCUCCACCUUUUAUUCACAGUCCCAAACACUCAUUUACUGGUGGGUUAUCCCUCAGGUUUGGGAACAAUUUUUCACUAUUGGUCUAUCCCCCAUAUGCAUGUUCAUAUGUCAGUGGCGCCAUAAUUUCAAAUGUGGCCACAGUCCCAACUACAAAUAUUUUUAAAAUGACCGCUAAAGUGUGCGAAGCUUUGUUUUUGAGUGUUAUGUCUGUGGCUUGAGCGCCCCCCUUUGGGAAUAAAUCUAACAAUUAUUUCUCGCCAUGCUUUCGGGAUAUACCCGGUAGCAAGACUGGAAAGCAAAAUCUUUUUCAAGACAUGUUUAAGAAUAUCAAAUCCCUUUUACAGUAGCACGGGAAGUAUCCCAUCUUUUCCGGGUGAUUAGUAUGGAGCAAAGCUGUCAACUGCCCUAUUGACCGAUUCAGUGGAAACCAAUGUGCGUGCUAACGCCCACGAGUCCGAAUCAUUAGAAUAAGAUCUGUGAACAUUGUUCAACAUUGUCCAAUCGAUACAACCUGGAAAGUGUGUGUCGAAGAGACAAAUAAGAACAUCUUUUUCGUCCGUCACAUAAACACCAUCUCUGGUUUUUAAGGAGUUCACCUGAAAAUCAUUCGAUUUGGAGAGAAUUUUAUUUAAUCUGCUAGCCUCGUUCAGACUAGAGACAUUAGUGCAUAGGCUUUGCCAGCCAGCCCGUUCCGCAGAUCUAAGACAUUUCUUAUAUGCACUACGAGCUGACCUGAAAGCCCUGGAGUCAUCACGCUGACGCCGGUUCCAAGCUCUUCUCAUAACUUUCUUCAUUCUUUCAAGCUCAGUCCUCCACCAAGGGGUUCCCCUAGUCGAUUUAAUAGUACGAAGUGGACAAGCUUCUUCGUAGGAUGCUAAUAUGAAUGAGUUUGUCGUAUCCACGACGUCAUCUAAGUCGUCUAGUUGACUAAUUGUUGGAAAAUAUCCAUGAAAUUUAGUCGACAAGUUUUCCAAAAAGAGGUCCCAGUUUGUAGAUUUAGGAUUACGAUAUGUCACCACAUUGAAGGUGACAUCAAAAUGAUCGAAAAAUAUAUAUUUAUGAUCGGAUAGAGACGGUUCAGUUUCAUUUGGAACCUGCCAAUUUCCCAGUUCAUGCAAAAUUCUAUCAGAGCAAAGUGUUAUGUCUAACACCUCCUCCCUCCAAGACCUCGCAAAAGUUGGUCGGUUUUCCACAUUCAGAAUAUGGAGAUUUGUACUGCUUAUGUACUCCAUCAGUUCAGAGCCUCUCAGAUUGAUGUCUGAGCUGCCCCAAAUGAUGUGAUGAGCAUUCGCAUCACUGCCGAUAAUGAGCGGAAGCCCAUUUCUGCUACAAUAUGAUACAACGCUUUUAAAAUCAUCAGAAGGAGAUGAUUCGUUAUGCGGUAGGUAUGCUGAACAAUAUAUAUAUUUUUUGUCUACGUUUCCGACAGUCAGUGUAACUGUGACAACACAGAUAUCGUGAGUUGUGAGCUCCGAUACGUGACACGCGUCAAUAGCCUUAUUUGCAAGAAUGCAAGCACGAGGCAUUUCACGUGGGUUAGUCAUGCCUGUCUUGUUGUAAGCAAUGAAGGCAGUGUUAAGUAACUUUCCAAAAUAGAAGUUUCCCUUAUGGAAAUACGAUUAUUGAACCAAUGCUAUGGAAGCUUUAUCUUCCUGCAUGAGUCGAGAUAAAUUCAUAGUUGCUGUACGUUUAUGUUGGAGAUUGAUUUGUGCUAUUCUAACCAUUGGGUAGGUUUAAAUUUAAAAAAUCGAUGGCUUGUACCGGACCCUCGCCUGGGGUUCUGGAAUGAUUUAGGCCCAGAAUCUGGAACAGACCACGGAUCCACUUACCAAGUCCGGACCUGAAUCAGGCCUAGAUUCUCGGUUCGGAUACGAGGACCCAACCCUAGUACUCCAGCACUAUUACGAGUCGAUUUUUCGUCCGACUGCAUUUUAAAGCUGAUCUGCAUAUACAAAAUGUGCCGCGAAGUGAAAAACGAGAACCCAUUGUUUCUUCACACCGUUUUGCAUGAUGCGCAACACAACCCAAGUAACCAAUAAGCAUUAUAACGUAGCCUAAUAUUUGCUUUAGAUCCACAUAUAAAGCUGUCUUAAAGAGCCGUGAAGCCCUAAAUACUGAUAUAAUGCUGAUAUUAUGCCAGAAAGGGCGAAAUAUACCCAAGUAACCAUAAGCAUUAAGCCAUUGCACUAUAUUGGCUAUAUAUUUGAACUAAUGUUGCAUUGAAACUCCAUUACAGCAUUAACAAUUCAAUGAAGCAUUAUAUUAGCAUCAAUAAUGCAUAACUGCACAGCCGACAUAUAGCAUUAUCGCUUGCUCUAUAUGCGUAUAUAAAGCUGAUAUAACGCGUACAUGCUUCAAGGAUCUUUAAAGCAUGUAAGCUUUACAAGUGCAUUUAGUGCCAUUAUAAAGCAAAUAAAAAGCCGAUAUAAUGCUAUUGUUAUGCUGUGGGUUUAUUAGUUAUGCAACUCUUCUUGAAGAUUAUAUUCGGCAUAUUUCAUUUCAAUCGAACAUGUGCAAUAUAGUCUAGGGAGCAAACACAGCGCACUUACCGUGAAGGACGAGGCAAGCUACCUCAGUUUGAGACUGACUAAAGGUAAUUUUCCUAAAACAUUCAUAUUAUGUGUGAAUGAAAACCCAUUAAGGAUAUUCAUUACAAUGCAUUAGAAGAGAGACAAUUACGGUUUUAAACAGAACAACUUAUUUUAAAAUUUUUCCUUUUUGCUCAUCAUACCGAAAGAAAACAUAAUAAAUGGUUUCAAAACCAUGGCGGACAAUGACAGCCAACUAAAACUUUUUAAUAGCAUUAGUAUUGCCAAUAUAAGGCUUUCAAAGUUGACAUUUGUGCGCUGGUGCUAUAUAAUAGCAUUAGUACUGCAGAAACGAGCUGUCAUUCUCUGCACAGUAAUAGCACUAUAUUUCGCCUUUUCUGGCAUAAUAUCAGCAUUAUAUCAGUAUUUAGGGCUUCACGGCUCUUUAAGACAGCUUUAUAUGUGGAUCUAAAGCAAAUAUUAGGCUACGUUAUAAUGCUUAUUGGUUACUUGGGUAGUGCUAUUACUGUGCAGAGAUUGACAGCUCGUUUCUGCAGUACUAAUGCUAUUAUAUAGCACCAGCGCACAAAUGUCAAUAUUGAAAGCCUUAUAUUGGCAAUACUAAUGCUAUUAAAAAGUUUUAGUUGGCUGUCAUUGUCCGCCAUGGUUUUGAAACCAUUUCUUAUGUUUUCUUUCGGUAUGAUGAGCAAAAAGGAAAAAUUUUAAAAUAAGUUGUUCUGUUUAAAACCGUAAUUGUCUCUCUUCUAAUGCAUUGUAAUGAAUAUCCUUAAUGGGUUUUCAUUCACACAUAAUAUGAAUGUUUUAGGAAAAUUACCUUUAGUCAGUCUCAAACUGAGGUAGCUUGCCUCGUCCUUCACGGUAAGUGCGCUGUGUUUGCUCCCUAGACUAUAUUGCACAUGUUCGAUUGAAAUGAAAUAUGCCGAACAUAAUCUUCAAGAAGAGUUGCAUAACAAAUAAACCCACGGCGUUACAAUAGCAUUAUAUCGGCUUUUUAUUUGCUUUAUAAUGGCACUAAAUGCACUUGUAAAGCUUACAUGCUUUAACGAUCCUUGAAGCAUGUACGCGUUAUAUCAGCUUUAUAUACGCAUUUAGAGCAAGCGAUAAUGCUAUAUGUCGGCUGUGCAGUUAUGCAUUAUUGAUGCUAAUAUAGACCUUCAUUGCAUUGUUAAUGCUGUAAUGGAGUUUCAAUGCAACAUUAGUGCAAAUGUAUAGCCAUUAUAGUGCAAUGGCUUAAUGCUUAUGGUUACUUGGGUUGGGAAUGACAUGCUGCGCACUUUUAGAAGAUCCAAUGUGUUAAUAUGUAUUGUACAAGUAUGAAACUUGAACGAUUUCAUAUUCCACAUGAGUGCGACACAAAGAAGAUUUAAAUUUGUUGAUAUUGUCGAUUAGUAUUUUUUUACUUGUAUAAUGCUAUUAGAUUAUUUUUUCUCAUGCCGUGAAGGUAUUAUCACAGACUAACAUUCGAAAACAGUGCUUCACCCGCUUUAAAGGUCUUUUUAAAUAUAUGUGUAGUUGGGACUGUGGCCACAUUUGCAAUUAUGGUGCCACUGACAUAUGAACCACUAGACCACUUGUGGAAAAUUGUUCCCAAACUUGAGGGGUAACCCACCAGCAAAUGAGUGUUUGGGACCGUGAAUAAAAAGUGGAGCUAGUGUUCUGGGAAAAUUAUCGGAUCGAUGUUUUUUGAGGGAAUUCCCUCAUAGUGUUAUGUCUGUUAGUCUGUGGUAUUAUGGCCUAGUUUUGGGUGUAUCGAAAUAAACGCAAACAAAAUGUGCAGUGAUGCCAGCUUCAUCGAAUUAACUAGAAUCUGAGCAAGAUACCAUCUUAGUCCGUACCCGAGAAACAUCAUCAGAACGAUAUUAAAAUCAGAUAUCAAUAUGUGGUAUUUGUUAAAAUCUACUUUUCAGAUUUGUUUGUGCGGUUAAAUACUCCCUAAUCCAUUACACUGCCGUUUUUUCUUUGUAAUAUUGUCCUAAAUUUGAAUGACCCCUUUGUAAAAUGAAUCUGUACAAAUUUAACGAAACUUCUAGAAUCUAUUAGUAACUAGGUCAGUAAAUAAGAUAAUAAACAAAUUGCCACGGAGAAGCGCUGAUGAAAACCAGUUAACGAAUGAUAUUUGAAGCAACUAAGAGUUGAGAUAACUACUUAUAAUGGAAAAAAACACUAGCACUAACGAAAAACAAACUACUCAUAACCAUAUUAAAUUAUAUUAUUACCCUAUUGGCAUGCAAUGAUCAGCAAAAUGCUAUACUUUUAACCAUCUAUUCUAGAAAAAAACAAACACUCAUUACAGGCAUGAGCAAUCGUUAUUCCUCCAGUCAGUUUUAAUUUAUAAAAAUAAAACUAUUAACAAUAUCGAAACCCUUGUUGUUCCCUUUUGUCCUUUCAAUACUAUUCGAGCUUCAGCAUAAGCAUUUGUACUCUUAUCAAAAUCCGAUACAUCUGUUAAACCUAAAAACAACUAGCAAGCAUUCAUCUAAUUCAAACUUCGAUGGCUGGAUGAGAAGAUAUAAAACUAAAUUUAUACGCACUGAAAAAUGAGCAGGGUGAAACCCCGCUCAUGUGAAAUCACUAACCAACAUGUGCUUUUUUGACAUUCCUUAGACAUAAUUAUAAGCUAUCCUAACGAGAGUGAAAUGAAAAGAAACCUUAAUCCUUUAUCCAACUGAAUUGUUAUGCCUCAUACUGCGUCGGCUUUAUUGAUUCAAAAAGUGCAGGCUUGAACACCCCUAGGCUUAAGCUCAAGUUCAACUUCUAACGCAAAACCCAUUCGGUUGCGUUGAAUUGUUUUUUGUAACCACUGACAAGUGCCAAGUACAUGAAAAUAAAAACGAAACCAAACGAAAAUGCGUAGGAAAAACACACAUCAGAACACUAAAUGAAAUGAAAAACCUCUCGUUUAAAAAAAAACUUUCCUAACAACCAACGUGAAUUAUUUCGUUCCGAGUCUCUAAAUAAUCUAUAACUAAAAACUAAUGAACCAAACCAAACGAUGGCACAAAAUAAUGAUAAAAAAUAGGAAAGUGCAGCAAACCUGUUGACUAAAUGUUCCGAAAGUAAGUUUUAAUGCAAGCUUAGUACAGAAAAAACUAUAGUAUUGAACCCAACAGUGAAACACUGUCCGUCAAAAGAUGAAACCACGGAAACGAAGAUUAGCCUAUAUAGUUAAAACUUCUUAGCAAACUAUAAACCAGACGAUAUUUCCUAUCUAUAGUCUCUAUAAAGCGAACGAGAUGCCGCAUACAAAUUGUGGCAUUGAAAGAAUGUGCUGUAACCGGAAUUGUUCCACCCCGGAGUGAUCGAAUCAUCUCCGAGUUUAGACAUAUGUUGUAUGUGAAUAUAUUUUCGGGUUGCAAAUUUAUAGGUAAAUCCCUUGAAUGUUACAUUGUUCAGCGAUAGGAUUUCUGCAGUCAAGGUUAUGUUUAAGUUGAAAAUUGGCUGACAAUUUGUUGAAAUUCGUGGUGCAAAUUUGGUAAACAGAAUAAAACGUUUCUAAGUUUAAGCUCUAGUUUACACAGUACAGUAAGUGCGACUUAUGUAAUUUUAGUAUUAUGCCGCUAGGACUGUUUUGAAUGAGAGGAAAACAAAACCUUUACAUCUACUAUUUAAAGCGAAAAAAAAACUAUUGUGUUGUAAGACAAGCAAACCAGGUGAACGAUAAAAUAUUGAAAUAUAAACCAAAUUUAAUUAAAAUUUA